AUGCCGCAUUAUUCGCCUUCAUUCCUCUACGAGAAUCCCACAUUACCAUUCUCAUUAUUGUUUCCUUUGCGUGAAGACAUGUCAACUUCCCUUCUCCAAGACAACACUACCUCUCCUCCAAUCCCUUCCGUGACCAACACUUCUCAAUGGACAGAUUCAGUGAAAUAUAGUUUGUCUGUUGUGUUGACAAGUGGUCCAUUCUUUUUAAUCUUUUGGACUCUUCUUGUUGUGUCCAUUGUCGUGUACGCACUCAAACGAAGAGAAAUGAAGAGAAAUCAACACAUCUUGUUCAUAUUGACCAUUAUUUUGGCAUCGCAUGUGACUGCCAAUUUAACAUUUAGAAUGAUUUCUGAAUUGGGUAAUUUUGCAUCCAUAGGCAUCAACAAACCCUUUAACCUCUAUUAUUCCAUUAUAGGUAUCAUUCAGAGAGUAAUUAUCAAUUAUUGGGUUUGGCAUCAACUCUUGAUGAUGGCCUUCCUUUGCAAUGUCUUUGUCACGACAUGCAGAGAAACAGGUGUCAUCUCUCAGAAUGAAUUCAAACGAAUGAGAAUGAUUCUCGUUUCUACCUUGAUCGGUGCAAGUAUUUUCUUUGUCAUGAUCAUCAUUGCCGUUGUGGUGAUGGGUGCUUUGGUGAGUGCCGAAAUCAUUCAUGAUGCAACAUCAGUUCUCACUCAACAAGUUUCCAUUUACUUGGUUGCUACCGUUGUGUUUUUAGUGUUCACUCUCACUUUUUCCAUCAUGCUUAAUGUCACAGGCUACAAAUUGAAUAUUUCCUUGCAAGAGAGUGUGAAAAAGUUGAAAGCUAAGAGGAAGCAAGAUCUUUGGGGACUGAGUCCUCCUGAAUCUUCUUCAUCAUCACAGAAUGAAACAAGAUCAAGUUCUGUCCAUUCAAAAUCUCAAUCGGGAGGAGCUGUGAGUUUUCUUAUAGUAGGCACAAACAAGAGAGAACGAGAACAUACUCUCGAAUUGAAACAAAUGGCUCUUCGAAAAACUCGAAUUGUGCAGGCAGGUCUCUCUAUUGCCUUGAUAUCGCAAAUCAUUGGAUUUAUAUUCAUUCCAUUGAUCGUUGCUUGGCAAUUUAAUACUCUCUUUUUUCACGCCUUCACCAAUGUUGGUCUCGCUGUUUUCAUUUCAUUAAUGAUCACCAUUAACACACCCAUGCAAGAGGUUCAACGAAUGUUUCGAAGAAAUUCACAAAUUAGUGUGGAAUCGAAUGAUGGCAAUGGUCGUCAUGCUGGAGAGUCCUCAAAAAGUGCUGUCAUGAAGACAUGUUCAACUCCUAGUUCUUCUGUCACCAUGAUGAUAGGAAAGGACAUGAAUGAAGACAAUGACAAGACCAAUGAUCCUGCUCAAUCACAAACACACCACCAUCUCUCAACCUCUACGUUCAGUACUAAGAAUACACUUUCUUCAGGUAGUAUGAGUCAUCAUGAAAUGAAGGAUGUUCAAUCGCCCUCUUCAACAGAAAUGAUGGAUGUUUCUUUGGAUAGUGAAAUAGUAUCAAGUAGUAGUACCACUCUACAUCAGGUUUAG